UCAGAUGUCAAAUUUUCCAAGUUUCGUCCGUAUUACGAGUGAGUAUGCGGACGCUUAAUAUUCUGCAACAAAGAUUUUAAAAUAAUAGUCCGAAAAAGUUUUAAUACCGUUUUUACUAGUAAAGAUAUUUGGUUACGGUGUAAAAUAAUUUAUGUAAAAUACUACAUAACGAUAUAAGUUACCAUUAAAAUUGAAUUCAAAAUCUGAGAACAUGUUUGCGGUGUCUUGUGUCUGUUAUUGAUUUAUUUUAUUUAUAAAAACUAUAUAUUUAGGAAUGUAGAGUUAAAGUCCGUUAAAUCUACAAAUGGACAAUAAGGAGAAAAUAAAGCGGGUGCAUUAAAAAUGAGAAUGUGCUCAAAAUGAAAACUAAAAGUUUCUUGGUAUUUUCAACGUCUGUAUUCGCGAUCAGCAUAUUCCUGAUAGUAUUUCAUUCGCAGCCUCCACAGUCCAUACAGAGUAUUGUCACACAGACACAUCAACACAUCAAGGACUUUCAGGUGGUUUUGUCUCAGGAGAAUCUCCGGGAUGUGGAAGAGAGCAACCUCGUCCAAGAGGACAGGUACGAAAAGUUGGUCGGCCUUGGAAGCCACGUGGAGCCCUGGAAGAACUGCACCAAGCCUGUGCUUCUGACUUACGCUCGCGGCGACCAACACGCGCAAGUCGUGGGCUUCGUGCGAGCCGCUGCCAAACUACCUUAUACAAUACUACUAUACAACCUGGGUCUUAAAUCUUAUUCAUUGACAGUGGUAUCGAAUUAUUGCAAUUCUUCAAAGUGCGCCAUCAUCGACUUCGACUUGGACGCCUUUCCGUCGCACGUCAGUGACGAGAGCAUAUACGCGUUUAGGCCUCUCAUCAUACAGCACGCGUUGAGCCGCGUCGGCGGGGUGAUAUUCAGCGAGCCGUCACUCCGCUGGGCGGGCUCGGCGGGCGCGCUGGGCGGCGUGUGGGAGCGCGCGCGCGCGUCCCGCGUGGGCGUGGUGGCGUGGCCGCGCCGGGCCGCCGUCACCUCGCUCACGCACCCACGCAUGUUCCACUACUUCCACGCGGACGUCGACGACUUCCUGUUCGUGCAGAUGCUGGACGUCUCCAAGCUGGUGGUGGCCGAGACGCCCGCCCUUCCGGACGUGAUGCGGCCCUGGAUCCAGUGCGCGCUCACCGUCGAGUGCAUCAUGCCGAUCGGAGCGCAGUCCGCGGGCUGUCGGUUCGACAAGAAGCCGCAGUACAGGUACUCGGGAUGUCACGGCCAGGACGCGUCGGCGCUCAGCAUCGUGCUGGGACUGCGAGCGGGGUUCGAGGAGGCUCAGUACGCGGGGGGCCGGGCCGCCUGGCGCCGCGAGACUGACGAGGAGGCUCGGCGGGCGCUGUCCGUGCUGCGGAGGAACGCCAGCCUGGCCGACGACACCACCCAGCGCACCGCCGACUGAUCACCCGACCACGUCCCACUUCUUACUACUUUAUGUUUGUUCCGCAACAAACUGCUCCCCUAGGACGAUUGCUUAUAAUUUAGAUAAAGUGAUCUGUGAUAUGCAUUGAGAUUAAACAUUCUUCAGUCGCGGUGCUCCUCUGCGCACCGAGCCUUCAUCACGUUGACAAUGUUUUCGCUCACCUCGGGACCUUCUAUGUUUUAUAGACUUUAAUGAAUCGAUAAAUCUUAAUACGCGUCGUUAUAUGCACACGACGUGUCUUUUCGAAUAACUUAUCUAUAUCUUUCUCGCCGGCCUAAGUGUUAAAAGGUUCUGUAACGCGCAGAACGCGCGAGACGCCUCCUUUCUACGGUUCUUGAGGAGGAAACUUAGCGAACAGUUUGAUCGCGUAGAAAAAUAGAACAACUUAGAUGUGAUUAUUACAAGAAUAAAAGAGACCGUGAGGGUCGUCAGGACUGUGGCAAUUGUUGGAUACGGAAAUACGGUGCAGUAGUCAUGAGGAUUGUGUGAAUGUGCUCAUACAUUUUCGACUUAAAUACUAAAAAAGGUGUCAACGAAAACAUUAUUGUUAUUCUGACCACUCGACGGCGCGACUGUCCUAACGAGAAGGGAGCCAAACAAAACGUGUGCUAAAGAUAUAAAUUGUGAUCUCAAAUAACAGUUUAGGUAUGAGUCAGGCAGCUCCGCCGUAACGAUCAUCACGUUCAACAAAUUAAAUAAAUAACUACCACACGAAAUUGUCGUUUGGUUUGGCCACGUCACGCCACGUCACGUCACGCCACGCCACGCUACGUAAUUGUAUUGUUAGGAUCCAAAAGACAUUUUGUUUUAUUUUUCGUCCAUUACUUUAUUUAAGACAAAUCACGGCUGUAAGGUUGUGAAUUGAUAUCGUUAUAAAUAUAAUUAAUUGUUCGUUUAAAAUUAUAUGUGAUGAAAAUUACUGUGGUGAAUUAUUAUCGAGUGAAUGAAUGCGCGACUGCAGACAGUACAACUCAACAAGCUCGCGGCGGCCGGCGCUGCGUUGCUCUAUAGAACUAUAGGAAAUGUCCAACCGUUACUUAUGUGUGUAUAGCUGUGGUCAACUCGCGUCUCAACAAGUUGCCGAUUCGUAUUUAAUAUCAGACUCUAUGAGAAUAUAUUUAGACGAUUACAGAUUAAACUUGUUGAACAGUUAAAAAUAACCUUGGUUUUUAAUAGUAAAAUAGUAUUCAAUGUCCGUGUUUAUGUUAGUGACAUUUUUAAGAAACUCCGCGCUGACAUUUGUUGUUGACAUUUUAACUGUUAUGUCGACAAGUUCUGAGACGUGAAGUCAGAGUCAAAACAAAAAAAAAGUAUUAUUGGAAUUGUUAUCUCGUUUAUACACAAAUAAUGUACAAUAAGUAUCAAGAAACUGCCAUAUUAAUAUCCUCAAAUAUAUAUCCAAUUAUUAUUAAAUUGACCGGGUAUGUUUGGGUGCGUGUGAAGAUACAAGAUCUCAUGUUUUAAUUAAAUUUAAGUUUUAAUUUAAGUAAAGGAAUGAUUGCUCGGCACAAACGUAAAUAAGGCCUCGCCGCUCGACAUUAUCUUUUCAUAUGUUAUUAUUAUUGAUUGGGGCACGUUAUCGAAAGCAAAGUGCAAUAUGAAAACGCUUUUCAAAAUUUAACACUAAUUUUCUUAUAACGCUUAUUGAUAUUAUUUGCGACUAUAGACUACAAGACGCGUUCGGUAUAUGUAAAUGUAAACGUGUCUCUAGAUGAAUUACAAAGCGUAAUAUGUACUAUAUCGGAUUAAAAGCGCAGUCAUAAUUGUGCCAGUCUGCGUACACACAGGCCGUUAGAUUACUUACUGUUCCCGACCCGAAAAUUGAAUACCUACGUACCUAAGGGUAAAUGGAUAACAAUAAGCAUUCUAAAAAGCUAAACGUUAACAGUUUUAUGCGUACAGCAGUCUCUCAGCUCGCUCGUAGAGGCUAGUGUUGCUCUACAAAGCGUCGAGGAAGUUUCGAAGUGAUUUCUUAAAAAACGUAUUAAUCUCUUGACGUAUAUGACAUAUACUUGCACAUUGUGCAAGUACAAGAAAAUCUUCAACUAAUUAGCCAUAGUACUGGGCAGGAAAUAAUGCACAUCGACCUGUAGAAAGAGACAUUCGGCUAAUUUCGGCUUUGUAGAGCGUUGUUACUUUCUCACGAAAUACUAAAAGUCUGGUAUCUAUUAAGAGCUGUUAAAAUAAUUAUUGUGAGUUGCUUAUUUUGAUUAUUCUUUUUAUUUAUUUUUUUAUAAAACAUUUUUUUUCUUUAUGUUAUUUCUAUAAAAUAAAAUAAAAACAUAUAUGUUUACGCAUUGAUUUAUUUAUUUUGAAAAGUGAUAUAUUCUGACAAAACAAUUGUAAAACCUCAAUUCCUUCUGAUUCAUUAUCAGUGGUCUUAAUGAAGUCAAUAUAAUUGUCGCCUUCAGCCGUAUUUAUUACCAGUCUAUCAGUUUAAUUAUCUAGAACGUGUUGAAAUUUUCGAAACUCAUUCUCACAUUUAAUUGCAUGAUCGCAAACCUUUUUCCACUCUUCACUCCCAAUCAUAUUUACUUUUUCUGCCAACAAUGUUUUUACUGUAGUUAAAUUCAUAACCACAUUUCUAGAGGCUACAUAACCAUGUAACGGCUUCCCUCUUUUUCCUGCAGAUGCCAUAGUACAAUUCUAAAUCAUUUAAAUUUGCGGGUGUUACCAACUCUCUAUAUAAAUACUGAACUGGACGCAUAAUCCAUCGCAUUUGUCGAACGACUGACAAAACCAAAACGUAGCACAUGUAGUGUGCGAAAGGGACAAUGCUCUACAAAGAAGAAUGUCUCUUUCUAGAAGUCGAUGUGCAUUAUUUCUUGCCCAUUAACAGUGACAGGAUCUAUGAAUAGUUAAUAAUUGUUGAUUCGCAUUUAAUCAUCGCAUCGAGAUCGGAACACGGUGUUCAUUUGCCAACAAGUGCAACAAAGCUGCUGUCAACUAAAUAGAUUAGUGCUAAAAUAGACUAUACGUUUCCCACGGAUGGCAGCAUCAAAGACUUCAUUUCUUCAUUUUUAGAAAUGACUAGUGUCAGAAAUCGGCUGCUUCUUCAACGAUGCUGUGAACUUUUUUUUGUGUAGUUAGGUACUUCUAGUUACAUUUGAAUUUGACAAAAGUGAUGUAUUUAGUUAUUCUUUAGUAUUAUUGCGGUAUAUUUAAUUAUCUAGUCAACUAUUUUAAACGUAAAGACAGACCAAUUUUCUAUAUGAAUGCCCAUUACAGGUGUUUAAUUAUGUAAAAUUUAAACGCAACAUUUGCCGAUAAUCCUGUGUUGUGGCGCGUUAUACAAUUUGUGUGAUUAUUUGACCAUGAACUUCAACGGCUUUUAUAUAUACUAUAAUAAACUAUUCAGCGUUCUUAAUUACGUGACCAGUCUGUAAGUAGUUGUACUAGGUUCAGAUCUAAUGUAUAAAGACAAUCCAUAUAGUACCAUAGAUCUAUCUGGGCGUAGCUCGAAUAACCUCUUAUGCUAUCAGCGAAAAGGUAGAAAAAAAAGUUCUCCCAGUAUGGAAUGUACCGUUAGUAUGGAAACCUUUUCCCGAUACCGAGAAAGAUACAAAUAAAUAAAUGCAAUUAGUUAUACGUUAGUUUAAAAAAAAUCCUUUAAAUAAGCGUCCUUAAUAGUUUGACCACUGACGCGUGCCCACGAUGCUGCUUCAUGCUCUGACAACACAAAUUGAAGUGUCACUCAAGGCUGGUUCAGUCGGACCACUGUUACUUUUUGUUUCAUUCGGUACUAUUUUCAUAAUAAAUUUAUAGCAUAAUAAAUAUUUAUUUGUUUAAAUAGAUAAAGGUCAGAAUAAAGUUUUUGUUAAGUUUACAGGAAAAUAAAUCGCUUUAUGGUUAAAAUAAUUUAAUAACAUUAAUCUGUACUGUAGUGUAUUGGAGGCGUCAUAAAUCAAUCGUUUCAAAAGAGCUGGAAUUUAUGUUAACUUUAACAAAAAGAAAAAAGGAAACGCGUUUAUGAAUUGUGAAAUUAUUAUUGAAUUACUACUUUUGAAACUUUGUCAAUUUUUCUUCAAAAAAGUGUUGCCAUAAUAAAAAUUCGCUUUCGGUAAACGUGCAACGACAACAAACAUAGCAAUAAGACGUCUUGAUAAGGCUGUACGAACUCUUGAUUUUGUUAAUGCAAUUUGUAUCUAAAUAAAAGGAUGCUUUUUAAAUACGCAUAUCCGUAACAAGUGAGAUUAUUUAUUAAACGAUAAAUAAUACUUAAAA